GUGCAAAUGCUGGAGCAUUGUCGUGUGGAGGAAGUGUUGACUGAUAAGGAGAAAAAAGUGAUCGGGGUACGCACAAACCGGGGUACAUUCGAUACGGGAUGCUAUGUUGAUGCUACGGGCAUUUGGUGUGGUACAACACUAGUGAGUCGGGCACCAUCUCGUCGUGUUGUUAUCACAGCGCAUCCAGCAACUUAUACAUAUCUAUCAACAAAACAUCUGCCUGAAAAAGAUAUCAACAAUAAAACACCAAGUACACUUUUGAUGCUUUUUUUUGAAGAGUCAUGCUCUUCAGCUAAUAAAAAUUAA